ACUUAGUAUUCUAUUUGUUUCGGCUUUACUUUUCAAAGCAGCAUUUUUCACAGCUGACGUAAGCAAUUCCAAAAUUUUUAUUUUAUUACCCAAAAAUACCCAUAACCCAAAAAAUAAAAAAUAAAACCAUUCAUGCUGGUGACCUGCAGCUAAACAUGGCUCCCAGCAUAUUCUUUGUUCUGUUCUGGCGCAUCGGGGUCCAUCUGCUUUAUCCCUAUAGAUAUACGAAUCGCUCAAUUCAGGAUGCGCUUGGCGAUGACUAUAUACUGUGGGUCUCCAGCGAUCGAUUGCAAAACGAACAAUUGAUCAUGAUGCUGCUGCGUCAGUCGAUCGAAAACUUUCUGAUAUUCAUAUUGAUUAUGGAGAUUAUGCGCUCGAUUCACGAAGGACGCGAGCUGCCCUUUUUGUUGCAAUGAGGGAUCUGUGUAUGCAAAAGCAGGAUUUGCUAACACUAUGAUAUAUACACAUAUAUAUAUAUAUAUAUUUUUUUUUUUUGUAUAUUUUUGACAACUCAUUGCCUGUCUAUCAAAAGUAAACACGCCUCGAGUGUGGGGCACACAGCAUUUUUUGUCUUGGGAUAGGUCCGAGGCCGAUGUCCCAUUGCCGCCGCUGUCGCCGUUGUCGUUGCAGUCGCGCGUGUAAUCAGUAAAUUUUAUUUUUAAAAAUGUUAUUAAACAAUAUUUGCUUUAGCAAAAGUCA